AUGCGAUUUUAUUGGGUUGUUCUGCUGGUGGUUACUGUAGUUUUGAUCAGUUUGGCAGAGGCCAAGAAGCAAAAGUGAGUUACGGGGGGUACUGUAGGUCUUCGAGAGUACUGUAGGGUUACUUGAGUACAGUACUACCUUCUUGGGAACUGCGCGGGUUACCGUAGUCUAAAUUAGAAAGUUCACGAGACUACAGUACACCUUGCAGUCUAGAUGGACGCUUGAACUGCAAGAUAUACUGUAGCCGUAAAAAUUCACGGUACAGUACCCUUUGCAGUUCGGCUUCUAGUUUUUCACUUACCAUAUUUUUUGUAGUUCGAGAUACAGUAACCCUCGCAGACUGGCCACAUUUGCUUCAAAUGUAGCCGAACUGCAAAGAGUACUGUAGCUCAAAUAGUGAAAAAUUAGGGCUAGAGUAUACCUUGCAGUUCGGAAAGCACUAAAAUGCAAAUCUGUAACCGAACUGCAAAGGGUACUGUAACUCAAAUAGUGAAAAAUUGAGGCUACAGUAUACUUUGCAGUUCGGAAUGGCUUCAGUGUUGAAAAUUCGAGUACAGUAACCCUUGCAGUUCGGAAUAUCACUGAUUUUUCAAAAUCUCCAGAUUUCUCAAAACGAGCCUCUCAAAGCUAAAAAGAUUACUGUAACCGAACUGCAAAGAGUACUGUAACUCGAAUCUUUUUUGAAAUGUACUACAGUAUACCUUGUAGUUCGAAAUAUUCAAGUACAGUAGCGCUUGCAGUCUGGAUCAUAAGUAACUCGAACUGCAAGCUAUACUGUAGCUGUCUCACAGUGAAAUCCAUUUGCAGAGUUACAGUAACCCUUGCAGUUCGGAAAAAUUCCAAAUUUUCCAGAUCCGCUGCCAAAACCAUCCCAGCUUCUUCAGUUCCCCAACCCUCCUCCCCAAAACAACAAACGCAAUACGAUCAAUGCAAAAUCCAGUGCAAAACCCAACGCGAAUUCAUCGGCAAACAAGAAUUGGUGGAACAAUUGAGAAGAGAGCUGGAGUUGGCCGAGAAUUUGCUCGAGACCCGAAAAGCCAAUCUUCCCGAUGAAUUUCAGAAUUCUACUGAAACAUCCACGACUUCGAGCCCAGAAAAUGCGAGGAAAAUCUCGAGAUAUGAUCAUUUGAAGGCGGCUGCUUCGAAAAUCGUCGAAUCUGGAAGUGAGCUGAAACAAGCGGUGACUGGAGAUAAUUCGAACUGA